CCUCAGUACCUACCACACCACUCCCUCCCCUCGAUCGCAAUGCAAGUGCGAGCAUGACGGCCCCAGCAACGUCGUCACUGUCCUCUGCGGCAUCUCUGACCUGCCAAAGAUGCAUGCAGCCUAUUCGCCUCGACGACUCGCUCACGGAUGAGGCCCUGUCCUCUUCAGCAACGUCCAAUGAGGGUUUCGCAAGAUCGCAUUACGACGUGAUUUCCAGUCUGGUGCCCAAAAUUGAUGAGCACGAGUCCAAUCAGCUCUCGGCUACAGAUAGCAAGGGUCAGAGCAAGAGCAGCAGCACCGACACAGACCUCUCGGAAGCUGUCGCCCGUCACCUCACCCUGCAUGCAAGCCCCUCUCUAUCUCACAGAGCUCCCAAUUCCCUCUCAACGGGGAUGACUCUCCAUGCGCGUCUGUUCGACCUCGUCUCCUCUUACGUCCCUCAAGUACCCACAUCUUCCAGCUCUGUCGCGCCGUCGGCCCACUCGCUCGCGAUGGGCAUCGACCACCCCCUCUGCAGGGAAUGUGCCGACUUCUGCAUCGAAGUCAUGCGCUCCCUCCUCGACAUAGCGAGAAAGGAGCGAGAUGCUUUCAAGGAGUGGAACAAACACCUCGAGAGCGAGGCCGGGUUUCGCGGAGAGGAGGAGGUCCGCAAGAUGGAAGCAGAGAUAGUGGAGUUGGAAGACCUGAUCAGCAAAGCUACCUCGUCUCUACGCAAGAGCGAAAGGGAGCGAGAGGCCCUCGAGGCGGAAAUGCGCCGCCUGGACAUCGAGGAGAAACAGCUCGAGCGUGAAGAGGCAGACUUCUGGGCCGAGCAUUCUCUCACCUUGCUGGAGGAGAGUGAUCGUGAGGAGGCGCGGGCGACUCUAUUGCGUGGCAUCCAGACUGGUGAGGCUACCCUGGCGCGCUUGGAGGCCACGAACGUCUUCUUUGAUGCGUUUGCAAUUGGGCAUGAGCAAGGCAGCUCGAGUGGGAGAAAGAGGGGCGCUGCUGCUGCGACCGGAUUGGCGACGAUCAAUGGGUUGCGAUUUGGACGCACGGCUACGGCGAGCUCGUCAAGCUCGUCCUCAGCGGUGGAUUGGAACGAAGUCAACGCAGCGUGGGGACAAGUGGCCCUGCUACUUGAGACAUUGAGGGUUCGCAUUGGAAAGACCCGAGAGUUCAAGGGGUGGCGCAUACACCCAAAGGGGUCGACGAGCUAUCUCGACAAGGUCGUCUCGAUUGGAGAGGAUCAAGCGCGCUCUUCCCACGCAGAUGCUGCCAGCUCCACGUCAUCGGUCUCGCACGAGCCGCACGAGCUUCACCAUCCAAAUUCUUGGGCCUCUCUCACCCGCGUCCUGCACCUCAGGCGCUUCGAUGCGGCCAUGGUCGGCGUGCUGGACUGUACGGCUCAGCUGUACCGCUGGACCGAAGAGGACGGCGACGGCGGAGAAGAUGGUCAAGCGCAGCCGCCACGUAUGGUCCAUGCUAUCAACGGCGAUCGUAUCGGCGAUUAUAGCGUGCGGCUGGUGGGGGCAUUCACAAGCGAGGAAAAUUGGAGUCGCGCCAUGAAGUAUCUGCUGGUCAAGUGAGUGCCAUCAAAGGCGGCAGGCAGGCAGUCAGGCAGAUGAGUCGGGACCGAAGAGCUGACCUGCCUACUUCUCCUUUGCCCUACCGCAGCCUCCAAGUUCUCAUGCACUGGAGCACUCGCGACGAAGCUGUGCCUGUUCCCAGACCGGCAGGCUCUGCGGCUUCGUAGCAGUUUCGAAUCUCUGUGUCUCAUUUUACGUCACCGACGGCGAUUCCCACAAUAGAUACCCGCUUCAAGACGAGCCC